UCCCACAAAACGAAUGUGAAAUGUGUCGAGACACAGUCUACGUUUGUCUUGUCUAAGUUCAGAACUCAGGUCUGAAAAAACUGACUUGGCCACCUGGGACAUAUAAAGCAAGAUCUGAAGUAAUGGCUGAAGAAAUACAACUCAGAGAAAAGAAGCAGAAAACUCUACCUCGGUCUGAUGGGUGUGGUCUGAAAAACGUUGAUGGUCUGGAUUUGUCUGGAGGUUUGAGGAUAGUCUUAGUGGGAAAGACUGGAUCAGGGAAGAGUGCAACAGGAAACACUAUCCUUGGAAGAAUUGCCUUCAAAGAGGAUCCCAGCUCUGUGUCUGUGACCAAACACUGUGAGAUGCAGAGAGGGGAAGUGGAUGGGACUUUGGUGCAGGUUAUUGACACUCCGGGUCUGUUUGAUACAGGCAUCUCAGAGGAAGAAUUAAAAGUCAGAAUAGAGGAGUGUGUCAAAAUGUCAGUUCCUGGCCCUCAUGCUUUCCUACUGGUAAUCCGGCUUGGAGUAAGGUUCACGGAGGAGGAAAGAAAUGCUGUUAAGUGGAUCCAAGAUAACUUUGGAGACGAUGCUUCCAUGUACACAAUCAUGCUGUUUACGUGUAAAGAUCAAGCUAAAGCUGACAAUGCGCUGAAGGAGUGCAAGGAGCUGCGGAGACUGUCGAUCACAUUUGGACGCAGAUAUCAUGCUUUCAACAACACUGACCUGGAUGACCGCGCACAGGUAAAAGAGCUGAUCAACAUGAUCAAGGAAAUGGUACAGGAUAACGGCGGUAAGCACUACACGAAUGAAAUGUAUGAGAAAGCCCAGAGGAAGCUGAGAGAGGAGGAGGAGCGGAGGAAACAAGAGGAGGAACAGAAGAAAGAGGAGGAAAGGAAAAUAUGGGAUGCAGAGAGACAGAAGCAGGAGGAAAAGAAAAUCAGGAAGAAAAAGGUUCAAAGAAAGAAUAUACGCGUGGCCGCAGCUUCUGCUGUUGUCUUGGUGUUUGCUGGGGUGGUCAUUGCAGUGGGAGCUAACACCACAGUGGCCCUGGCUCUAGGCGCCCCUGCACUUGUCCUGGGAAUCUUAUGCGGUUUAUCUGCCAUUUUCAUUUGGAAAGGCAUAAAAUGCAAGGCUAAAGCAAACGUGCCUGUAUAACAAGAUGGAGGGUAGUGGCAAGGAUAUGGUUUGGCUACAGUUUGUGUCACUGAACAAAAAACAGAAAUAUUCCAUAUACAGUAUUAGUAUCCCACACAUUAUGGUUUGGAACUAUGCGUAAGUGACUUGUUUAGGUUCUGUUUCUGUUUCAAAACAAGUAUGUGAAUUUAAAGCUAAUAGUAAACAAAUGGUAUGAAAUGUACUUGUUUGUCUUUUUUAUCGUUUACAUCUUAUAUAUGAAUGUGAGGAUCACUUCUUUUGGCUCAUUAGCAGGAUUCAAAAUAAUUAAUAUUAAAACCCAAAUGUAAAAAGAUUUUUCACCUAUAGAUUAUACCUUGGUAACUUAUAACUGUUAAAAUGCGCAGACACUGACACACUGCUUCCUUUACUUUUUAUUAGUAGCAUUCUGAGCUCAUUUCCCCAAAGGAAAUGAGAAACAAUGGUAGACGUCCAUUGACCCAUCACGUCUGCGGAAACAGAGCAAGUCCUCAUUGUCCUGCCACUACAACAAUGUCAGUGCAUACCAUCAGUACAAACAUGACCAGCACAGAUGUUAAAUGAAUGGUAGUCAGUUUCUGUCAGCCACAAAAGGAUCAAAGUAAGGAUACUGCUACUUGUUCUGCAAUUAAGAACAAAACACACUGAAGCUGAACAUUAUUUAUUUAAAAUUACAAAUGAAAGGAGGCUCAGUAUCAAAUAACGGGUGUGUUCAGAUGUGAAAAGGUUGUAAACUGAGUUGUGGUGCUUCAAAUGUACAGGUUAUACUUUAAAUGCCAACUACACCUACAACCUGUAUUACAGGUUAGAUUGGUCUAUUUUGGUCUGUUUGACUAAUACCUGCAAUGGAAAGAGUGUUGUGUAUUAUUUGCUAAUGAAUC